CGUACCCAUGCGGCCGUACCUAUUUAUAGUUAUUGCGAACGGACAUCAACAAUAAUUUACAGUUAAUUUGGCGGUUUUCGGUAUUUAUCACGGCGAUAUUCGUUUUUGGUUUUCAUUUGGCCGAAUUUCCCGCUGCGGUCAUUGUAAAUAUAAAACGCGAAUAAUAAUAAUAAUAAUAAUAAUAAUAUUAGAUAGGCGCAAUGAUUCUCGAUACGCAGCUCGACGAAACCCAACGGGCGUUCGUGACAAAAUUAGAUUUCUAUCGGACGGACAAGCAACUCGAAGAGGACGUCACGAGCCUCAUGGAAUGGAUGUCCGAACAGCCGCAUUUGCCCAGUGUUACAGGUGAGUCCGACGCACGGUCCCCCGAGCGCCACCCUUCAGCCAGCAGUGGCGGCUAUCACCGUGUAUGGCGGCCACCGUAGUGAAUGAAUGGGUAGGUGGAAUAAAAUUUCGUAAAACAAACCUAACAAUACCGGGUAUGAUAAUGUCGAUCGUAGCAAUAAAAUUUAAUUCCAACGUGCGUAUAGCCAUACACUCACUUACCGGUACAAUACCGGGUCCUGAGGUAAUACUUGGCGGAGUGUGGUUUUUUUUUUUUUUUCUUCAUAGUGCGGCUUCACUGCCCGACCGCACACACGGCUUGGGUUUGGGUCCCGCCCAAACGUCAGACCGUUCAACACAAGUCCCAGCAGUAAUAAUGAUAAAAGCCGGGUACCUGGUAGCUCUCAGUGGUAGAGCAAUCGCCCGGCAAGCCAGGGAUUUUUGCUAUUUUUUAGCACUGUGUUCCUGUCGAGAGGUCAAUGGGGUAGGGGAAGGCAAUCCGAGGGCGAAGUCGAUUUCCAUUUUUUCGUUAAAAUAACACUAUUUUCAAUUCCUUAAUUCUAUAAGUACUUCGAACGAGUAAAAACUUUGAAAUUUUAUAAUUUUUAUUUUUAUUUUACGGAAUAGAUCGUUGAAUAAACAAUAAAAUAGUUUAAAUGGUAUAAUAAAAUAAUACGUUAAAAUAUAUAGGCUUUGAAGCUUUUUUAGUUGUUAUAAACAUCUACAAAAUAUCAGUGAAUGUAAAUAACCUUGGAUUAGAUUAAAGACUCGUUUGUAUUAUAUUAUUAUUUUACUGCUGUUCAUUAUACAAAUCAUAAACCAUUUAAAAAAAUGAUUUAUAAUUCGGUCGUCGCGACCCGUGCAACGACUCACGUAAUCUGAACAUUUAAUAGGUCAUAAUAAUAAUUUGAGUAAGUAUAAAACUACUAAUAUUCAUAUAAGUCUUAAAUAAUAACAAAAAAUAAAAAAUAAAAAUAAUUGGUAAUUAUAGACGAAAUAAUAUCAAAAAAGUUAUGAAUUUAUGAUAAACCGUGUUUUUUUUUUUGUACUUUGAUCUAACAUUCUUUACUUCAAUAUUGAUAAACUGAUUUUAUUCACCCCGUCAAGGGACGAGUAGAGUCACCAAAUUAAACAAACAAAUUUAAAAAAAAUUAAGAAUGUUUGAACGAAUUUAGACGGUAUAAAAACAUAAUAUCAAACAUUACGUAAAUUGUCGUCACAACUUUAUUAUUUAACCUGAAAAUUCGCAAUUUUAGAGGUCGAAAAUCCUUUUAAAUUCGCCCGAGUGACCCAGAUAGCCGAACCUGUUUAAUAGUCGACGGCGUAAGUCAGUGGCGGAUUCAAGGAGGAGGCGAGAGGGCUCAUCCUCACCCCACCCCCCUCCUUGACAGUUAUAUUAUAUAUUUUGUAGUUGUAAUAAUACAAUGAGUUAACAAUGAUUAUAAAUCGUGAUUCAAAUAUCAGUCAUGUAUCACGUUGAUACUUGAUUGUAAUAUUAGAUAUAUAUUGUAUUUUAUAUUUAGUGAUCAUUGUUCAAAAUUAAUAUGAACAAUUUUAGGCUCCUCCCCCCCCCCAAAAAAAAAAAAAAUCCUGUAUCCACCACCGGCAUAAGUUCUCUAUCAUGAAAAACAAUGCUUACUUUUCGUUUUUCAAUCUUCGACUAUGUAACGCAUACCGAACACUGUCGUAAAACACCAAAACCGUAUGUGGGCGUACGAUAACUCGUGCAUACCAAGUCCACUCGCCGGACCUUGUCUCUAAUCACUAAUAAUUAUUAUGACCUUGACCGUCACGAGCGCAAAAUGUUUUAAUUACCGGCUGGCGGAAAGAACACACGCGGGGUUCUUAUUUUCUCAAACAAUUAUAAUAUUAUGAAGACCAAUCGUCGUUAAGAAUUAUUAUCGUUUCACAACAUUACAAAAUUGAGUCCGUGCCAUCAAGUAUAUCAUUAUUAUUGAUAUCGUCAGUGGCGUGCUCAGGAAUUUUCAAUGGGACUGAUGUGGCAAAUAAGAAUCGUGAAUAAAUCGUAAAAUCGUCUGCUCCACCCAACUCGACUAUGAGAAUUUGUAAUUUAAAAGCCGGAUUGUUUUUUCGCGAUAAUAUAAUAAUAUUGUAUUGACGGUACGUUUUAAACCAAACCGCGAUUCUAAUAAUCGUCUUUGUUCUUUACUCGUAUAGUAAACCCCAACAACCGUUUUGAACAAAGCCUUCAAGGGGGGAGGGCUUAUCCCCUCCGAAAAUUGUAGGACCAUCCAAAAAAACUCCCCCUAAUAUUCACCAGGAUACCCACUGAUGGGGGAAGCUACUUAAAAUGUCAACUCCUCUCGCCAAAGUGUAUACCUCAAAUUACAGCGUCCGGCAUUGGAUCCGUUGACGAAUAAAAAACUAUUGAAAUUCAAAAACGACUUGUCAUUAUCGCCGACCACAGGCCAUUGCGCCGAAAACUGUUACCGCGAUUUUCGAUUGUAGACCCACAUAUAGUUAAUAGCAUCGAUUAAAUAAAAUCAAUGAUACUAUUAUAAAAAAACAACGGAAUAACAAUAAUAUUGAUAAACAAUGCAUUUAGUUUAAUCAGCUAUCAAAGUAACGAGUAUGGUAAUAUCAAACAAUUAUUUAUAUGCAUACGCAAUAUGUGAAAAAACAAAAAGAAAGACCACUAGAAUAAUAUUCGAAUUGUAUUUGUUAUUGUAGGCGAUAUUUAAUAUUGAACUAUGGAUAGUUCGGUACGCUGAACAUCGUCUAGCAGAGGGCUCCGCCUUUAAAUCCCCGGUCACCCUUCAGAGCACACUUUUGUUAAACUUUUUUUCGUCCCGGCUUUUGUCCAGGAUACAGGGGAAUGGAAUGGAAUGUUUGCAGUUUACAUGUUCACUCGAUACGGUUGGGAUUAAGAAGUUGUCUUGUAAAAAUUCUCAAAAUGCGAGUCCGAUUUAUGUAUCUUCAUUCACUUUUAAUUCGUACUACGAAUAAAUAAAUAAUAUAUUUCAUGACUCGGGCAAUUAUAUUAUAAACUUUAUCUAAUAUCUGCUCAAUCUAAUUAUUUCUUGUUAUCUAGUAGUAUCAUCAUUUUAAAAAUAUAAUUUAUUAGCUAGGUAUUAUUUUUUAACUAUUUUCUAUUGCCCAAUAGUUAAAAGUUGUAAUUUUUGAAACUUUACAGAUGAUUGAACGUUUAUUCUCAAAAGUCAAAAACGUAUAUUUUAUUUCAUAAAUAUAUUAUAUAACAUUAUACAAAUAAUUUACUCUCAUUUCAGUCUAACGAACCUUAGCUAGUUCAUACAAUAUUAUAUCUGGAACUUGAACUUAAACUAGUUAAAAAAUAACUUUUCCAUUAUUACAUAAUAGCAGUCGCAUUGUUUCUAUAUUCACAUUUUAUUUUUUCACAGAUAAAAAAUGGUUAUCUCAUUUUAUCGUCGGAUGCAAGUACAAUUUGCACAAAACGAAACAGACUAUCGACGCGUAUUUUGUUACCCGAGCGGAACAUCCGGAAUUUAUUUGUACGUUCGACUUGGAACAGGUUUUAUAUAAUAGGAAAAAUGGGCAAGUAUUUGUUUUGAGAUAUGUAGUUAUUUGUUCCAGUUUUUGUGAUAUAAUAUAAAUACGAAACGAAUGUCGGCGAAAUUAUUUAUAUAUUUUUGUUUUUAUUUUGGAAUAAUAAUAGAAUAAUAGUUGUUGUAUUAAAGUUUCAUAACUUUUUAACUAUAGAUCGAAUUGUGUCUUCCCAAAACUGACACCGGAGGCUUACCGAGUGAUGUGUAGCAGAAUGUAUCCGACGGCGAAAGACUUGAAAUUGGACUUUUUACUCUCCUUCCAAUCAUACCUAGCUAUUCUGGAUUUGCAAUUGAGAAUCGAGCCCAUGCAUGGAGAGAUUUUCUUGUUCGACCUAGAAUACCUCCCCCUGAGUCAAUUCGUGAACUUACCGCCUUUGAUGACCAAAAAUUACAUCAAUAUGUGUUUCGUGAGUUUAUCUUUCGAGACGUUUAAUUUAUUUUUGUCAACAACUUAUGCCUGUGGGUGGUCCGAUAAUGAGCAAUAUCUUUUACUAAAUAAAGAACAUAAAAUAAAUAAUUAUGUCUAUAAGUUAUUCAUUUAUUAGGUCGAUAAGAUUUUCUUUAAAGGUGGUACAGUGGUAACUAGUAGGUUGUCAAUGAUUUUGAAGGGUAACCGAAGAAAAGUCUAAGUUAAUUUUUGGUAACAUCUAUAUAUCUAUAUUAAAAAUAUGAUUUCUGAUGUAAGAGGACAAACUACAAAGAACUGAAGCGGUUAGUUUACGAUAGAAAAGAGUAAAGAUAAUAUGGAAGACUGAAAAACCUGUAACGUUUAGGGUGAAUAUUAGAAGAGGAGAAUCUAUAGAUAGGAAAUUGUUUUUAAGGAAAUUUUCUGUCUGUAAACAUAUUUUCUAUUGAAAAUAGUCAAGAGACAUUUUUUGUAAUAUUUUUGAUCUAGCUAGUCGGUGUGUAAAAAGUUCAUGUUUUAAUUUUUGUUAAAGUUUUCUUAAUAAAUAUUCUCUUAUUUAUUACUGGAGAGGGAAACGAGAUAGUUAACAGAAAUAACGGUUUCAUUUUUUUCGAUUUUUUUUUUUUUUAAUUUAGUUAAAAGUAAUCGCAAAGACCUGACAUUUCCACAAAUACUGAUACUAGCCUUAGCUCCUAGUGGUGAUAAAAUAUUCAUAACUUUCUGGAGAUUUUUGAGCUAUUUAUAAGCAUCUGAUAUUUUCUAGUUUUUCUUAAUUUUUAUUUAGGGUUAUGUGUGAUAAAAUUGUUUCACGAAUCAGAAAUAAUUGACAUUUGAAUUAGUGAUGGAGAUCCGAAAAUCCGGAUUUUCAAAAAAAAAAAAACAGCAAUUUAAGCCAUUUAAAUCAUAUAAGUGUUAAAUAUUUUUAAAGUAUAAAGCGGUGUACCUAGUUUAAAUAUUUUUUACGAAAAUAUAAAAAAAAAAACUCUUAACUUUAACUAUAAAAUGCUUUCGGAUUUCAGAUUCCAGAUUUUCGGAUUUUAACAAAUCCGAAAUCCAAAAGCAUUUUAUAAUUAAAGUUAAGAGUUUUUUUUUUCAAAUUUGUAUCCAAAUAUUUAACUUAGGUACACAGCUUUAUAAUAUAAUAAUAUUUAAUAUUUAUAAGAUUUUCAAGGGGCUUAAAUAGCGUUUUUUUUUUGAAAAAUCCAAAUUUUCGGAUUCCCAUCGCUAAUUUGAAUACAAAGUUUAUUAUAAUUUAAACUUGGCGGUAAAAUAAUUUUUGACGAAAUUCGUAAGGGUACGGCCUUUCGAAGCAUGUUUAACCGAACUUCGCUCAGAAUCGUAUUUCGUAUAUAAAAUAUAUAUAUAUUAUACUAAUUUAUGUCCUCUAAACCUUCCCAAAUUUCUACUUACUAUAGCAGUGCACACAUUAGCGGCAAUAUAAGCUCUUUUAGAUUCUAACCUAGAAAACCAUUUAAUCGUUUAUCGUUGCUUGCAGAUAUAAAUUAAAUAACUUUGUGUACCUUACUUUUCUAACUUGAUAACAGUGACGCACGGUUCUUGUUGUUUUUAAAUAUGUAAUACUAUUGCACAAAGCGAACAUAAUGGCAUACGAAUAUUUUUUUUUAAUUACUUAAUUAAUUCGGUACUUAUUAUUUCAAGGAUCAUUGAUGUAUAACAAUGUUUUUUUUGUUUUACAGAAUUCGUUCCCAUUAAGCGUGAAGGGCUUCCACUUUAUAAAUCCACCGAAGUUCAUAGGCAAGAUUAUGACCUUGGCUAAAAUGUUGUUGCCGAAGAAACUUAAAAAUAGAGUAAUAUUGAAAUUAUGAUUAUAAAUAGAAUGGUUAAGCCACAAGUCACCCGCAAAAGUUCUUUAAAAAAAAAAAAACCAUUCCGUGUCGUGAUCUAGUUAUUAAAAAACCACUAUGGUACGAUUGGUAAUAUUAUUUUUGAUGACUAUAAUCAUCUAGAUUUUUGAAUCUAAAUAUAUUAAUAUACUCACCGGGAGCACUAAUUUGCAAAAAGUAAAAUUAUGUAACAUUUGUGGAACUCCGUAUUAUACAUUGCAUUACCAUUAUAUAUGAUAAUAUACUCAUAUAUAUAUAUAAUGGUUACGUGACAGUUUUACAAUUAUCAUCUAUAAAUGAUCGUGGUCAAAAUACAGGGUGAUCAAUCCUCGAUAAGACAUUCAUUUUAUCGAAAAUUAUUAACUUUUUUCAGAUAAGUUAAGAAGCUCUAAAAUGUUAUUUUAUUGUCAUCCACGAGUUCAAAUUACUAUAAUUUAUUCGUAAAAUUGUUUUCGCAUCACAUGCCCCAACCACUGAAGCCUAAUAGUGUAGGUAACUAAACGGCAAUAAUAAGAUGACGUUCUGUAAUAAUAUCGUAAUCAUAGUAUGAAAAUAUGAUAAUAUUGCCUUCCUUUUACCAUCCUCUACUACAAUAAUUAUCAAUUAGGUAAUGCAGGGGUGUACCUAGGUAAUUUUUACUACAGGAGGAGUUUGUAUGAAAAUAUUAAAUAAUAAUAACACUGCUACAUUCUUUUUUUAAGUUCUUUAAAAUGUCGGAGGGAAGGAGAUUAAAUACUCCCUCCCCCAGGCACGGCCUUUUCAUGUGUAGACAGUACGAGUUUUAAUACAAAGUACACUAAAAAUGUAUUGAACUAAUUAGAUAUUUAAACAAUUAUUGGAGAGUUUAAAAUAAUAUUUUUUCGACCAAUAAAUAACUAAUAAGUGUACCAAAUAACUUGAUACACUAAAUAAUGUAUCAAGUUAUUUGGUUGUAGGUUAGGGCGUUAGAUUAGAAAACCAAAAGGUACAAACAGUUGUGCGUCCGAUUUCUUCGCCAACAAAACCUUUUUUUCCAAACAUUUCUUAAUUUUUACCUGGUCAGUUUAACUAAAUAAAUUAGGUAGUUGAAUUUUUACCUAUAUCAACUUGUAAAUCAGUUAUUACUUUAAUUUGAUAAUUUGUUCGGUACUUCCAAACAUAAAAUUGGAAUAUCUCGAUAAUGGGCACCGGAUAUUUAAAAUCUCCACACCAAAAUAUGUAUUUAAACUAUCAUUUCAUCUAUUUAUGCAAUUUUUAUUAUAAGUUAUUAUUUGAAAAUCAAAAAUGGAUAGUGGUUUUACACUUACAAAAAUAAAGGUGCAUAAAAAACCAACAAUGUAACAUUUUAAAGUUAUAAAAAAAACGAUUUUUGUUUAAAAAUAUAUUGACGUAAAAUGUUGAUAAGUUUUAUUUAUACAAAUACUUAGUUUCGGCUUACGCCAUCACCAGGUUGCUGAUAAACAAUUUUAUAUUAUGGUUUACAUAAAACAAUUUAAAAAAGGAACAAUAUAAAUUUUAAAAUAAAAAUGUAUAUAUUAUUUAAUAUAUUUUUUUAAACAAAAAUGUUUUGUAUAUACUUAAUUAAAAGUGUCAACAAAUCUCAAAUAUACAAUUUUAGAGUUGUUUGUUUCACAAAGUUUUCAAAAAAGAAAAAUCCCAAUAACGUUAAUAUAUUCCGAGAUAAUGAGUGUCUUAUCGAGGAUUGUAUCAGAGGAUCCUCUGAUACAAUUAUCCACUACUAAAUCAAACAAAUGCAUUUAAUUUUGUUUACGAAUGUCUAUUUUUAUAAUAUCAUUAAUAUCGCGUAUUUAUGUUUUGUAUAGAUAUACGUCCAUAACACGCUGGAAUCUCUUUACCAAUUCAUUCCGAAAGACGUCCUCCCGGACCAAUAUGGUGGCACCGCCGGAGAUCUCCGAAGUAUCGAAGGCGAGUACCCACCGAUAUAAUAUUACAAUUUUAUUAUAUACUAAGAUAUUUUGAUGAACGUUAUUGUUAUUAAAUUUUUUUUUUUUUUGUAUCGUUACAGACAAUUGGUUCGAAUAUACUAUGGCUAACAACGAAUGGUUAGGAAACAGACCGAAAGCCGAUUUGUCCAAACGGGUCGGCCAACUGAAACUCUGUGAACUAAACGUGAAAGAUAAAUUCAAAAAACUGGAAAUUGAUUAAAACCAUGACAUAAUAUAUAUUUUAUACCUAGUUAAUAGUAUAGUACAAUGUAUAAUAUAUAAAAAUAGCGUAAUAAUUUAAAUUGUAGAUACCGAAUGUUUUGUAUCUUUGUUAUUUUUAACAUGUAAAAGUCUAUGUCGUUCUUCACAUAUUUUUAUCAAUAUUAUUAUUAUUAUUAUUAUUAUUAUUAUUAUUUUUAUUUGCGGGUUCAUUGUUUUUCUAUGCAUAUUGUAUUGAGGUUUUUAGUGUUAUAACCCCUCCUUUAUUACUCUGUUUUAGCUCACGUUUGUUUCAGAAGGCAAUAGACUUCUUAACCCCUUUGAUCCACCUAUCCCUCCUCCAUUGACAAAUAGUGAAUACGCUAUUGUCUAUAUAAUAAUAUGAACCUGUAUAUAGUAUGUGUAAUAUAUAUUAUGUCCUCAAUUAAAUCUUUUUUUUUUUGUACUCUUUGAAAACACUUUGAACACACGCCCUUUCUACGUACUUGGUGUUAAAAUAUUGUUUGUACAUAAUUGUAAUUUUAUAAUUUUAAUCGAAAUUAUUUAAAUUAUUAUACUAAAUUAAGUUUAUUUUAUAAUAAAAUCUAAUAAUAAAGAUUCCAUUGAUGUAACUAAUUACUGUCCUAGUUCAGGAUUGUCUCUUAUUGGCAAGCUCUUUGAACUCCGAGCUUAUAAAAAAAAAAAAUGUGUAUUAUUCCUGGAUCAACACGAUUUCUUCCCUAAACGAUCAAGAUAUGCUCAAGUAAUGGCCGUUACUAAUAUAUUAUAAUAGAUAUUAUCGUCUCCUAGCUGCUACGUUUUAGAUGUUUUUAAAUUCCAUCAUUAAGUAAAUGUUAUUUAUAUAGAUUUACAAAAAACUUAAUAGCAUUAUUUACAAAAAUAUAUUAUUAUUAUUAUUUAUUUAUUUGUCAAUAAAAACAGUACAAACAUUUGAAAUUACAAGAAACUUAACAAUAUUGAGACUUCCUCAAUAAACGGAGCUGUGAUAGGGGAUAGUGAGUUCAAAAUGUAUAAUAAGCAUUGAUUAAGAACUAAAAAUUAUAGUAAAUCUAUAAUAGAAUACAUAACAAAUAAAAAAUAAACUUUUAGUAAUGUUAAUCUAAUGAAGUCCUAUCUAAAGAUAAGAAGAAACAAAAAUAAAGUAAACAAAUAAAAUUAAUUGUAUUAGUUACACCAGAGGUUCCCAAACUUUUCCUACUCGUGGCACCCUUUUAGAACUGAAGUUUGCUCAUGGCGCCCUUAAUAAAAUGUACGACCUUUUUUUUUAAAUAAAAUAGUAUAUAAUUAUACACUGAAAUAUUUAAUUUUAAUUUUAUUAGGUAAAGUAAAUUAGACAUAGUUUAUUUGUAGAAAACAGUUGAAUUAGUGAAAUCGUUCGUUAUCGUAAAAUAUCGUUGUUUAUUUUUAGACCAGAUAACGUAGUCGGCAGCGAGUCACAGCCGCGGCUCCGCCGACAACACACCGCGGCGCACAGUCUGGGAACCUCUGAGUUACGCAUAUUAUUCAGGUCUACGAGCAGAGCGAAUUCGAUUAAUAAAUUUUUAAUUCCGUUCGGAGGGAAAUUUUCUUGAGGUGAUACGCUGUCCACUCCCUGUUGAUCGUUUCGCCAAAAAUAAUAUUACUCGUACGCGAUCUGUUACCCCGUACGGAAUGUAAUCGUUGGCGACGGCGGCCCCCCGGACCCUCGCAACAUCGUGCGUGCCGUUCCGGGAAUCCAUUGCGAAAAAAACGUAUACGUGUAUACAUAUAGUCAGCAGCGUACCACACGGCGCGCGAGGACCCGUAUGAGAAAAAUUUGUAGUGUUCUCGGUUUUUCCCGUUCGGUCGCGCGCGAAUUCAUUCUGCGAACGUAAACCGAUUUCCGUGGGUAAUCGACCGGCGACAAACCGAUCGUCGGUAGUGAUUUUACCGCCGCCAGCCGGUGCGCUCGUAUUUUCCGGUCCUCUCGUCGCUGUCGUUUUGUGUCGCACGGGGUAACGGCGAAAUCGCCUCGUCGCGCGGACACCCGCGAACCGUACGGGCCGAAGCAUUGUACACGCGCGUGUUGUUGGAAAGGGAGAUUCGGAAAUUAUAAAUAUAAAAAACCCUGUAGCCGUUCCGCGCAAAGCGGAACCGGCAGACGUUAAAUUGGACGGUUUGUUGGAAAAACUUCCAGAAACAUUAGCACGGCUUAGAAUCGACAAUUACCGUCAUCUUAUGGAUUUCGGCAUUACGCGGGAUUUUGUUGGCGUGUUUAACAAAACGGAUACGACUCGUUUUCUAACAGACAAUCGCGAUUUUUCGGAACCGAGGAGAGCACGGCGGUGGCGCCAAUAAAAUUGUAGAUAAUAACGGAACAGAUGGCGCAGACUGUUUAACACGGCCAGACACGAAUGCCAGAGUUAAAAUGUAUAACGAAUUUGUGUGCCAAAUCACCAGUCCUGGAGUCAACAAACGGAUUACUAAUCGAUUCGUAAGUCAAGCAAGGUACCGGCCGUUUCCAUUAAUAAUUAUAGUCGUAUGGGUUAUUAACGUAUUGGAUACAAAUACCGGUCCAAAGAGAGAGAAAAAACGGAUUACGUAUAACUCCUUCGAACGAUUGGUUAUAUCCGUUUAUGUAAUUUAUCAUUUGUUCAAACCAAUCCGUAAUUAUGAUAAUACCGUAGUACGACACGGACGUCCGUCGGUCAUCGAUGGGAAUUAAAAAUCCAUCUUCGCGCUUUCCCUCUCGUCCCGGCCCGAAAACCCGCCGACCUUCUGUGCGGUCACCGCCGACCGUACGUUUCCGAAUCGACUACGCGUCCAAAUGUUCGUUUUGCCGAUCUCUAAAGUCCGUUUACCCGCGCAUCCCGGACACUUUCGUUUCGUCUUUCUAAUCAUAACCGUCAACUGCACCGGUACAAGCGUUUUCUUUUCGCCGACCGACCGCAAUGCAUAAUAUCAUAAUACGCGGUCUUGCACGUUAGAUUCCGAAUACGGUAAAUAAAACUCUAUAGAUUUACGCGGAGAUGUUGGGGUUUUUUUUUUUUUUUUUUUUUUUUAAGAUCCGAAGUGCGGCAGUUCGGCCCCCAGAUUUCAUUUCCCUCGGGGGAAAAAAAGCGUUUCGACUAACGCGAACGCUCUGAAUCGGUAUUCAAAUCGUGCUCCGAACCAUUUCACUUAAUUGGAAUACGUGUUCUGGUUUCGGUGGUGCCAACGCGUUUUUUCUAGAAAAAUGAAAAAACAAUAACGAACGUGCGGAGUACGCGUUGAUUAUGCAUUUGUUUAUUUCCGGGUUACCCGGAGGGAAACGCCAACACCUCCGGGGUCGUUAUCGUCGAUCCCAAUGGUUUACCGUCGGGUUCGGUAUGCGUAAACCGAAUUGCUAUGUCCCCGACUGGCCACUCCCCCGGCUUGAAAACUCGGCCUGUCCGUGAUGCGACACGCCGAGCGCGGCUUCUCAAUAACCUGUGUUACAAUUCGCGGGUCAUGUACGCGUUGGCCGGAAAUUGACAAGACCGCAACAGUUUAUACGCUCGCAACAACGGACGGUAAAUUAACGAGACCUCUAAAAAAAAAGAGAAAAAAACGUGAUUUUUUUUUUUUUUUUGGUUUUUACCAAACCGUAUAUGAUUAUUUUGCAAUCGAUCCUAACGUAAUGAAAUCGAAUAUCCGCGUACGCAUCGUUCAAUCGUAAAACUACAGUCGAAUUCGCUUAUAACGAUCUUCUAGGGACCUAGGGAAUCCGAUCGUUAUAACCGAACUUCGUUAUAUCCGGAUCAUAAAAAGUAACAUGAUUUUUUUUUUUUGAAAAAUCGAUUUAUUAAACACAUUUUUUACUUUUUAAUUUUAUUUACGAUUGCAUAUUUUAACAUUCGAGGUGUUUAUAUAUAGAUUUUAAUAGAAGUUAAUUUAUUUAUUCUUUUAUUUGACAUUUUUAACUUAUCCGGAUCGUGUCUAAACGGAUAGCAAUCGAAACGGCAACUAAACGACUAAGAAACGUAGGUAUCCUGUAUACAAUACGGUCGUACAAGACACAUUAUCUGUUACAGAUACGAUUGAGAAUUAUCGAUUUGGACGGAAUCGAAUUUACUACACGGCGUACAAUGUGCAUGCAUAUUGUUAACCGCUAUGGGUGAUUAUAAAAACCAAUUUUCGUUUUAAAAUAACAUCGCAUAUGAAACCAACCGAACGCAUUGAUUGGAAUCGUUUUACCCGGAAUAUCGUUAUACGCGAAUUUCACUGUGUUACCCGCGUUAUUAUUGUUACGCAGUUUUUCGACGAAAUCUGACGUCCCGGCGCCCGGCACACCCGCUGUUGUUUCCGUCAUUGCAUUUGUUUUUUUAUGUAACACGCCGCUCCGGUUCUCACGGAUUUCGAUACGUUUUUUCGUUUCGCUAUCGUUUUGCUCAUUGUUAUUAUUCAUAUUCCACAACGGACGGCCACCGGUUCGCGCCCGUCGCCAUCGCAUUCUGAAUAAUACACGAGUAUAGUGUACGAGUACGCCCGACGAUAUUCGAAAUAUCAUUACUUUCAUUAGACUUUACUCUGACCAAAUUACACGAGUAUAUUAAUUAUUAUUAUUAUUUUUUUUUUUUUUUUCGUAAUACUCCGUCGUUGUUAAUAAAUCUCGGUAAUUGGUACCUACUCGAGUGUACUGCUUAAAUUGUAUGUAAUUAUUUUAAACUAGGUUAGUAAGUAUAUUAUAAUUAAUUAAUUAUAUUAUAAUAGAUAAUUUUAAUCACUAAUUUAUAAAUCGUAUCAGGAGAAACGAGUUAUUUUAUUCCGACAAUUAUAAUGUAUUUAUUUUUUACUGAAUUCUGAGCGUAGCGAGGAACGUGUCCGUUUUACUAUGACGUGUGUUGUAAUUUUAUAUUCGCGUGCAACUUUUCUAUUAGACAUUUCGCUCCAAACAGAAAAUUACAAGACACACAAAAGACAUUGUUUGUUAAAUAUUGAAUCGAGUUGCUACAUUUGUGUCGAACGGAUUUUCAGGCCACUCGAUUCGUCGACAACCGAAAUUAUUUAAUAUAAUAAUAAUAUUGUUAAAAUAAUAUUUACUUAUACUGUGUGUAAUACAUCGUGAACAUUGUUGAAGUCAAUUGUCAAUAUGCAAACUUUACAGCAAUCAAUCCAUUGAUUUUACUAUGAUGCGUGUGUUAAUACACACACAUCAUUUGUGUGUUAAUGACUUUUCUACUAGAAAUCUUACGCUCCGGCGUAUAAAAUGAAGCGCCAUUCUUGCGAUUAAAUUUUAUCUAGUUGGUGCAUUGAGGAGGAGGUCGGUUUUUGAAUUUUCCAAGUGGUAAUCAUCAUAAAUGAAAAACGAUAUUCAUUGUUUUAAAUUUUUACGCAAGACGUUUUCUUUUAAAAAUAUUGCUCUAAUAUAAAAGUGAGACCUUACAUAAGACUUUUUGUGUUGAAUUUUAAAUUUUGCGAGUAGGUACCUACUCUGUGAAUAUAAUUGUUAGACUAAUCAGAAACUCUUAAAAAAUUAACGGGUGGUUUAUUAUAAGUCGUACUUGGCGGUCGAAAUAUAAAUAAAUUAAAUGCAACGUAGUCAUUUUUUUAAAAAGUUUUAAUAUCAAAUUUUAUCGGAAAUCGUACAUAUUUCAAAACAUUUAUAACCGAACUUCACUCCGAAUCGUUUUUCUUUAGCAAUGGCUUAUCGUUACUCACAGAUUAUAAAUUGAAUAACUUUGUGUAUCCUAUCUUCACAACUUCUACAAUAGUGGCACACUCGACCACGGUAUUGGUUCUUUUUUUUUUUUUAAAUUUUGGUUUUUACCAGAAAUCUAAAUCCAAAUUUCAAGAGUAAUAACAUUUUUUCGGUAAACAGCUGUUUUCUUGUUGGUGUAUAAGAAUGUCGUUUUGUAUUGAUAUAGCAGUUUUUUAGUAAUUGGACAAAAUAGCAAAGUUUACGGCACGCGGCAUUAACGGAUUUAUUAUUUUCGAUUUUGUUUUUUUUUGUUUUAAUUCGGUUAAAAAUAAUCGUAGAAAUCUGAAAUUUUCAUUAAGUACUAUGUAAUACGUAUAUUUAUAUUAACCAUUCAUUUACGUGGUAAAAUUUUAGACUGGACUUUACCUAAUCACAAACAAAAACAAAUAAAAAUCUUUUUUUUUAAACUGUCGUCGAAAAACCUUUUUAAAAUUCUGUAUUUGAACGUGACAUUCUUUUCCAUAACGCUCUGCUAGACUCAAUAGCUAGCCAAAAAAAAAAAUAAUAAUAACAGCAAGUUCUAUUAUUCUCGAACCCCAGCAUAUUUAUAAUAUUAUUUGGCUUCGUGUGAUUUAGGUGGACUUGGCCGU